UGGCCGCGGGCGCCCGCUGUAAACAGACAACAUGGCGGCGGUAGCUCCGGGCGCUCUGGGCGCCCUGAGAGCGGGUCGCGUCCGCCUGGUGGCCGCGUGCUGUGCGCGGCUCGGCCCCGUGGCCUGGGCCGGGGAUCCCGCCUCGAGGAGGGGCUACAGCUCUGAGGUGAAGACGGAGGACGAGCUGCGCGUGAGGCACCUGGAGGAGGAGAACCGAGGAAUUGUGGUGCUUGGAAUAAACAGAGCUUAUGGGAAAAAUUCACUCAGUAAAAAUCUUCUCAAAAUGUUUUCAAAAGCUGUGGAUGCAUUGAAAUCAGAUAAGAAAGUUCGGACCAUUAUAAUCAGGAGUGAAGUCCCCGGGAUAUUCUGUGCUGGUGCUGACCUUAAGGAAAGAGCCAAAAUGCAUUCCAGUGAAGUCGGUCCCUUUGUGUCCAAGAUACGAGCAGUAAUCAAUGACAUUGCUAACCUCCCUGUGCCCACCAUCGCAGCCAUAGAUGGACUUGCCCUAGGAGGUGGUCUGGAGCUGGCUUUAGCAUGUGACAUUCGAGUAGCAGCUUCCUCUGCAAAAAUGGGCCUGGUUGAAACAAAGUUAGCAAUUAUUCCUGGUGGAGGAGGGACACAGAGAUUACCGCGUGCCAUCGGGAUGUCCUUGGCCAAGGAACUCAUCUUCUCCGCACGAGUUCUUGAUGGUCAAGAAGCCAAAGCUGUAGGCUUGAUCAGCCACGUGUUAGAACAGAACCAGGAAGGGGAUGCUGCCUACAGGAAGGCACUGGACCUGGCGAGAGAGUUUCUACCUCAGGGGCCUGUUGCAAUGAGAGUGGCCAAACUAGCAAUUAAUCAAGGGAUGGAGGUGGACUUAGUAACGGGAUUAGCCAUAGAAGAAGCCUGCUAUGCUCAGACCAUCUCAACGAAAGACAGACUGGAAGGUCUUCUUGCUUUUAAGGAGAAAAGACCCCCUCGCUAUAAAGGAGAAUAGGAGGAAAAACCCGAGAAGCCCUGUAGUGCUGGAGACUCUCUCGAUCGGCUCCGUGUCUGACACGGGGAAAUCUCAGCGACCAAAGCCGAGAGUGGGUUGGUUCUCACUACGCCUGGAGCAGGCCCAUCUGUGCUCGAGCCACUGUGCGCCAUGUCGUAUUUAUUCAGAUUUAUAAAGCUAGCCGUGUCUGUGGUCAAAACACAUUCAAAUUAGGUGUAUGUUUUUAAUAUUCCCCGCAUAUCAGCUUUCUGUCAUUAAUUUUUUAAUGUGAAUAAUUUAUAUUGCAUUCUCUAGGGAAUAAUUGAUUGUAUGUCUACUGUGCUGCAUCAAGAAAAUAAAACUAUUUCUGUAUACCAAAAAUGUGAAGUUAUACCAAAUACAGUUGCUGACUAGCUGUGCACAUGUCCUUUGCCCCCUGAGGACCUGGGUGGGCAUUCUGAGUGAAACGCCCCAGUGUCAAUAAAGCCAGUGAAGAUGAUUUGAGAA